UAAUGAGACGGCAUAUUUAGAAUAUCAUGAGUGGCGGACUAUGAAAUUUUCGGAUAAAUUUGAAGAAAAGGCAUAUAUGAGCAUGCGUAAUAUGGAAUGUAAUAUUUGUAGAGAGGUUGCUAGAUUAAGGAUUUUAGAUGGAUUAGUUGAACUAUAA